CGCUGACAUUUACAUUACAAAUGUCAUAAAGUUGUUGUCUAAUGAAAUAAACGUAAAGAAAAUUCCAAUAUUUACAAUAUAAUGCAGCGACACAAUACCUAACUGUUGAAUUUUAGUAAAAUGUCUAGAGGAUAACUACUGGAACAGAUGUGGCGCGUAGUAACUCAUGGAGCUUCCGACUGAAGCUUGGAGAGUGAAGUGUCCCAAAACCUGGCGUCCAGGGAAACGCAACAAAGAUGAUGUCGCGAAAAACAGUCACAAGAAAAAAGAAGCACCAAAGACGUGUCUCCAUCUCCACCGGAAGAAGAAGGGGCGCGAGCCGUCCAUCCUGUCGCUGGCGACGUCGCUGAACGACAACUGCUGCCACUGCUGCCGCGCCUUCCUCAACUACGUCAAAGAGAUCAUGAGGUGCGUAUGCUGUCUCUUCAACUUUGAAAUACCGCGUUUGGACUUUGAGCCGUUGUUCUGCGAGCUGUUGGACGCGACGCUCUAUACUCUGUGGGACUUGUUCUUUCUUGUACGCGCCUGCUGGCGCGCGUACAACGACAGCGGGCAGUCGGCCCGCGUACCGUGUGCUGCGUACGAGUAGUGGUGACGUCUGUGUUUGGUCGUUGCAGGCUGAUUGUGCGGUAGCCAGCCACGCGGCGCGACUACUAUUUGUCUUGCGAUGUUAAAACAAUAAAAACAUUGUAAUAUUUUUA